AUCGGAGUCUCUCAGAGAUCUUCAAUGCGGAAGUGCUCUUCCGAGAAGACUGCUCCCCUGAUGAAUUCAUUGAUGUGAUCGUGGGCAACCGGGUGUACAUGCCUUGCUUGUAUGUAUAUAACAAAAUCGACCAGAUCUCUAUGGAAGAGGUGGACCGCCUGGCCCGCAAGCCGAACUGUGUGGGCAUCAGCUGCGGGAUGAAGCUCAACCUGGACUACCUGCUCGAGAUGCUGUGGGAGGCCCUGGCCCUGACCUGCAUCUACACCAAGAAGCGAGGACAGAGGCCCGACUUCUCCGAUGCCAUCAUCCUGCGGAGGGGGCCUCUGUGGAGCAUGUGUGCCACCGCAUUCACCGGUCGCUCGCCAGCCAGUUCAAGUACGCCCUGGUGUGGGGCACCAGCACCAAGUACAGCCCGCAGCGGGUGGGCCUCUCACACACCGUGGAACACGAGGACGUCAUCCAGAUCAUGAAAAAGUAGCUGCACCUGCCGGGCCCGUCCCUGGGCCUGCCAGACACAGCAAAGCCCACCACGGGGUGGGCUCCCUUGGGUCUCCGCGCUGUCCAGGAGCUUCCAAGUAGGCAGGUGGGGCAGAGGGGCAGGGUUGGGGCUCCAAGUUUCCCAGGAGACCAGUCCUCCUGGCAUUCCGAGUUGGCAGCCGGGGCUGCACCCUCAGGCCAACCUGCUGCCAGCCAGGGCUUAGAACCAAUGGCAGACUCAGCACAAGGCAUGGGCGUGGGCCUGCCUGGGUCAUUGGGGGUAGUGGGUACUGUUUGAGACCAUGGCCCUGUGAAGAGCCCACUCAAGACGGGCCUCCCACCUCCCAACUCUGCACGACCUGAGUGGGGUCCUCAAGUGCCUCGCUCUGCUCCUGGCAGGGCAGCCCUGCCCAGCACACAACCCCAGGGGCCCAGCCCUGCCCAGCCAAGUGGCCGCUGCCCAAGUUUGGGUCCCGCAUUUUCUCUCGGCACCCCAACCCCUCAGCUGUCCUUCCUGAAAUAAAAGAUGGAAAGCGG